CCCUGGGGGCCACCCAAGGGGCGGUGCCAGCGGGCAGAGGGGGCUGUAAGGGUUGGAGGCGGGCCUGCUGAGUCAGCAGCAGCCGAGUAGUGGGCAGAGCAGGCCCUGAGGAGGAAGUGAGGAAGACUCUUGUGGACAAUGGAGGACGCUGGAAGGAGAGGCCCUGUGAUGUGAUAGGGGCCAGGCAUGGCCCCCAGGGAGGGGACACUCGAGCUCACCCUGGAAAGGAAUCCACACAUGGAGCUGCGGGAAGAGGCCUGGUCUCCGGGGCCGCUGGAUUCCGAGGACCAGCAGAUGGCUAGUCACGAGAACCCAGUGGACAUCCUCAUCAUGGAUGACGACGACGUCCCCACCUGGCCCCCGACCAAGCUGUCCCCGCCCCAGUCGGCGCCCCCCGCCGGCCCCCCGCCCCGGCCUCGGCCGCCGGCUCCGUACAUCUGCAACGAGUGCGGCAAGAGCUUCAGCCACUGGUCCAAGCUGACGCGGCACCAGCGCACGCACACGGGCGAGCGGCCCAACGCCUGCACCGACUGCGGCAAGACCUUCUCGCAGAGCUCGCACCUGGUGCAGCACCGGCGCAUCCACACCGGGGAGAAGCCCUACGCCUGCUCCGAGUGCGGCAAGCGCUUCAGCUGGAGCUCCAACCUCAUGCAGCACCAGCGCAUCCACACGGGCGAGAAGCCCUACGCCUGCCCCGAGUGCGGCCGCAGCUUCACGCAGAGCAAGAGCCUGGCCAAGCACCGGCGCUCGCACAGCGGCCUGAAGCCCUUCGUGUGCCCGCGCUGCGGCCGCGGCUUCAGCCAGCCCAAGAGCCUGGCGCGCCACCUGCGCCUGCACCCGGAGCUGUCGGGGCCCGGCGUGGCGGCCAAGGUGCUGGCGGCCAGUGUGCGCCGGGCCAAGGCGCCUGAGGAGGCGGCGGCGGCGGACGGCGAGAUCGCCAUCCCUGUGGGCGACGGGGACGGGAUCAUCGUGGUGGGCGCACCGGGGGAGGGGGCCGCGGCCGCUGCAGCCGUGGCGGGGGCGGGGGCCAAGGCGCCAGGGCCCCGCUCGCGGCGCGCGCCGGCCCCCAAGCCGUACGUGUGCGUGGAGUGCGGGCAGGGCUUCGGGCAGGCGGCGGGGCUCCUGGCGCACCAGCGCGCCCAGCACGGCGACGGGCUCGGGGCGGCGGGGGGCGAGGAGCCUGCGCACAUCUGCGUGGAGUGCGGCGAGGGCUUCGUGCAGGGCGCGGCGCUGCGCAGACACAAGAAGGUCCACGCGGUGGGCGCGCCCUCCGUCUGCAGCCGCUGCGGACAGAGCUACUACCGGGCUGGCGGGGACGACGCGGACGAGGACGAGGCGGCCGGCGGCCAGUGCAGCGAGUGCCGCGGCGUGGAGGCUCGGUAGGGGUGGCGGGCCCGAGGGGGGGCAGGGCCCCUCGGGCUCGGCGGGAGCGAUGGCGCAGGACCCGGACACCCAGGGAGAGAUGGACCGAGGGCGCCCCUACCCGCAGUGGCCUCGGGGACGGGCGCCGGGGGUGCUCGCCUGGCCGCCGCGCCCUUUCCGAGCUCUGGCGCUGGACCUGGCCUGCCCCUUGUAGGUUCUGGGCAGGGCCCGAGGUAGAGGAUGUGAACUAGAGACCAAGAGACACGACAAAACCCACGCGAGAAAGACCAUUUCCUCACUUUCUCUUCCCCCACCGUCGGGGGCGCGGCAAGGAAUGGAGAGCAACCGGGCCCUUCUGUUUAGAGGGGGGCCCGGAGAGGGAAGGGAAAGAGGGGUCCUUUUCCCUUUUAGAAUUUUCUUUUAAUUGUACCCACCCGACCCCUACCCACUAUUGUUUUUCUUCUCUCCCAUGCGUUCGUCUUUCUCUUGCCUAAGCCCCCUCUCCCCGAGCCGGGCCUGGGGCACAGGAGUGCGGGAGCAGAGCCAGCCCGUCCCAAGGUGCCCUCACAGAGCCGGGGUCCCUGUUCCCAGGCCCCGGCAGAGGAGGAGGGGUGCGGGGGCCAAUAAAGGGCACUAUCUGAUUGUC